AUGAGUCCGGUCAAAAAUCAUGUAGUGCUUGAGGACUUCAUCGACUUGACCGGCCUUUUUUCUUCGGAAGGUGUUGUCGCGCACAUCUUCCGGAUGAACACAACAAGAACAACGGAGGAUGUUCUGAAGUCCUUGAAAUGUCAAACCCAAGGUAAUGCCCGCGUUUUCACGAAGGAAACGAUGCCUAUUCGGUAUCAUUAUCCGAAGUCGCGACGAAUCGGCGAUCUUGUUGUGGUGGGAGUAGACGGGACGAUCAUACACGAGUAA